GUUCUGGGAGAAUUUCGAAAGAAAUGUCCAUGACAAUCCAGGCUACUCGGAUGUACACAAAAUGUCAUACUUGAAGGCAUGUUUAGAUGGGCCAGCGAGCACGACGAUCGCCAAUUUGUCAAUAAUUGGGGACAAUUACAAACCAGCAAUAGCAAUCCUCAAAGAAAAAUAUGGACAGACAGGAUUGUUGAAGGAAGCCCAUAUGGCAGCUUUAAAGGCGACACAAGGAGUUUCAAAUGCAAGAGAUGUGAACAAAUUGAGGAAAUUUAUGAUGAUGUAGACUCACACUACAAGGCGCUGUCGGUAUUAGGAGUUCCAGGAGAGCACUACUCGGUAGUUGUUGUCCCAGAGUUGAUGGGUAAAGUACCAAGAGAUGUAGCAAUCAACAUACGUCGAUCAAAGGAUGUUAAUCAUGAGUGGAUGAUAGGAGAGUUUCUUGAUAAGUUGUGGCAAGAAUUGGUGAUAAGAAGUGCGAGUGAGUCACAAGACCAACCAGUAAUCGAAGGGAGAAGAGAGGGCAGAGUACUUUCAGUCAACAGUACCUCUUGUGUUUACUGUCUUGGAGAACAUCAAAGUAGAGAGUGCAGCCAAGUCAAGGAUCCUGAUAAAAGAAAGGACAUUUUGCGUAAAUACAACAGAUGUUUUCAGUGUCUUAGGAAAGGACAUCCUCAAAGACAGUGCAGAGAUAAAAGGCAGUGUGACAAGUGCAAGAAAACAGGGCACCACACAUCGAUAUGCAGAGGAGAAACAACCCCAAAUUUGCAUGUUGCCACUAAAGGAGCUAUUGCGUAUCAGACGGUGCAGGCAAAGAUUAACAUACCAGGGUAUGACUCAGUUCCAUGUCGCAUGCUGCUAGACACAGGUAGUGACAAAACGUAUUUGGUGCAGAAGAUUGCUGACAAAUUGAAAGGUAAACCCAUUCGACAUGAAACAAAGGUUCUUGAUACUAUUCAUGGAAGCAGAAGCCACAGGUGUGCUGUUUAUAAUUUAGAGAUCAGGAAUAUGGAAGGAGAAGUUCAGCUCAUUACAGAGGCCGCAACGCUAAGCAAACUGACAACUGUGAGGAACGCCAGACCUGAAAUUGUACAGCAAAGAUUUAAGCACUUGAAAGACAUCAAAUUCUCAGAUGUGUCGGAGCACGACGAAUUGGAAAUUCACGUCAUAAUUGGUCUUGAAGAUUUGGGUAGAGUAAAGACAGGACGUUAUAUACGGGGGGAGGAAGAUCAGCCUAUUGCCGAGGAAACCAAAUUAGGAUGGACUUUGUUAGGACCAACUUAUCAAGGAACAAAAACUGAUGAUCAAGAAAGUAAAUUGUUGUUUUGUAUGGAGAACAGGCCAGAGAUAGCUACAGAAGUAGACAGGCUAUGGGACUUAAAGACUGUCGGGAUCCGAGAAGGUGAUCCAGUGCACGUGGAGUUCAAAGAUACAGUCAAGUUCAACGGUAGACGUUAUGUAGUAAAUCUACCUUGGAAGUCAGCAACAGCCAAAGCCUCAUUACCAGACAACAAGAAGCUAUGUGAAAAGCGGCUACGUUCUCAGCUGAAAAGAUUAUCUAGAGUCCCGGAGCAGUUAGAAGCUUAUGAUGGCAUCAUACAAGAGCAGAUAAAGGCGGGAAUUGUGGAAAAGGCUCCCAAGAAAGAAACAGGGGUAACAGCCACCCACUACAUACCCGAUCAUGCUGUCAUUCGACAAGAAGCAGAGUCAACAAAAGUGAGAAUCGUGUUUGACGCGUCAGCAAAGGAGAGGAAAGGUAGCUAUUCGCUAAAUGAGUGUCUUCACAAAGGACCACCAUUGAUGCCUAUGCUGUUUGACAUUGUGCUUCGGUACAGAAUGUACCCCGUUGCUCUGGUGGGUGAUGUACAAAAAGCCUUUCACCAGAUUGAAGUAGCAGUUGAAGACAGAGAUUGCCUAAGGUUUUUGUGGGUUGAAGAUCCAAAGAAUGCAAUUUCAGAGCUUUCUGAGUUGAGGUUCACUCGGGUUAUCUUUGGAGCGGGUCCGAGUCCAUUCUUGCUAAAUGCGACGAUGCAAAGGCACAUUGGAGGCUAUGAGGAGACAGAUCCAGAGUUUGUCAGGUUGGUGGUUAAAAGUUUAUUUGUGGAUGAUUUUGUUGGUGGCGGUAGAAACUCGACAGAAGUUAUCACAUUGAAAAAGAAACUCACCGAUGUAAUGCAAGAAGGUGGCUUCACUCUUCACAAGUGGAAGUCAAAUAUUGAGGAAGUGUGCAGCUCGCCAACGGUGGACAGUGAAGGCGAUGAAGACGAAACAUUUGCGAAGCAGAAACUUAAUCUGGAUGAGAGCCGAAGUAAAGUCCUUGGGAUAAAGUGGAAUCCAAGGAGUGAUAUAAUGGCAGUGGAAUUGUCACAGGUUGCAGAGGAAGCAGAAAGGGAUCUACGCAUGACCAAAAGGGAGUUGCUGAGCCGCUUGUCCAGAAUCUAUGACCCAUUAGGAGUUGCGGGUCCGAUCACCAUUGUUGGUAGAAAGAUCUUUCAAGAUGCUUGCAAAGAAGGUAUAACUAGGGACAGUUUGGUCAGUGAAGAUCUGCAUGGUAGAUGGAAGACAUUUGAAAGGAAUUUCCCAAGAUGUGUUGCAUUGUCAGAGAAGCCAAAGGAGAUGUCAUUGCACACCUUCGCAGAUGCAAGUCAAACAGCCUACUGCGCGGCCGUGUAUUUGGUUGUGACGUUGCCGCAAGGAAAGUUCAGUAACCUGCUGACUGCUAAAACCAGGCUGCCUCCAUUGAAGAAGGAAAUGACAAUUCCACGUUUGGAGUUGACAGCAGCACGGAUUGCGGCAAGGUUGGCAGCGACAGUAAAACAAGCACUGGCAGGAUUUGAGUUAAAACGGGUCUGCAUGUGGUCGGAUAGUUGCACGGUUCUCCAUUGGCUGCAAAGACGAGGUCAGUAUCGCCAAUUUGUUGAACACAGAGUCAAGGAAAUCGAACAUCUGUCAAAUGGUGCAACAUGGCAGUAUUGCCCAACAAGCGAAAAUCCGGCGGACCUUGGCACAAGGGGCAAAACACCGCUACAAUUACAAGGAAGUGACCUGUGGUGGCAGGGACCAUCGUGGCUGAUUUCUGAUCAGUGGCCAGAACAGCCCAUCUUGUCAAGGGAAACGGAAAUCGAAGAUGAAGAAAUAAAUCCAGUGUUACAGAUGGCCACGACGAUAAAAGAAAGGGGACUUUCAAGUUUGAUAAGGUUGAAAGAUUAUAGCUCAAAGAGAGGAUUACUUGGUGUAACUGCGUGGAUUUUGCGUUUUAUGAAGAACUGCAGGGCAAGCAAGGGAGAUAGGCUCCAACUGAAAUACGUUACAACGGACGAAGUAAAGGAAGCGGAAGAAAGGUGGGUGAAAGUAGUACAAUCCGAAAUUGAGGAGAGUGCAAAUUACAAGCAGUUGGUGCAACAGCUGAACGUUGUAAAGAUAGACGGAGUAAUGAGAUGCAAGGGAAGAUUGCAGUUUUCUGGAUUGUCGUUUGAAGUACAGAAUCCAGCGUUGUUACCAAGAGGACACCAUUAUACCAAUUUGGUAGUGAAAGAAGCACACGAACUUGUACUUCACGGAUUGGUGAGUAUGACGUUAGCCGAGGUCAGACAAAGAUAUUGGAUUCCAAAGGGCAGGCAAGUAGUGAAGAAAGUGCUGAAAGAGUGCAAGCAAUGCGCAAAGAGAAGUUCCAAGCUGCUAAAGGGAACAGUCACAGCUCCGUUACCGGAACUUCGGGUUAAACCAGCACGUCCAUUUGAGGUAACUGGAUGUGAUUUUGCAGGUCCAAUUCACUUGAAAGGCAAUGAGAAGGCAUACAUCGCUCUUUUCACAUGCGCGGUAACACGAGCUGUUCAUUUGGAGCUUACAAAGGACAUGACAGCUACUGAGUUUAGGGUGGUUCUGCAAAGAUUUGUUAGUCGCAGAGGAGCACCUAGCACAGUCAUUAGCGACAAUGCAAAGACGUUUAAAAGCACAGGAAAACAGUUGAAGAAGAUAUGCGACAACGAAAAUUGGCAAGGAUAUUUAACGACGAAGAGAAUAGACUGGAUAUUCAACGUUUCCAAGGCACCGUGGCAAGGAGGAUUCUUCGAAAGACUGGUUGGAAUCUCGAAAACGACCUUGUACAAAGUCUUGGGACGUUCGAAGCUGAGUUUCAGAGAGGUUGAGACAAUGCUCAUACAGGUAGAAGGCUUGAUGAACAACCGACCGCUGACCUACCAGACGGAUGAGCUUGAAAGUGAACCUCUGACGCCUAAUCACAUGAUUUUCGGAUAUGCUUUGCCAACCAUCGCCAACGAUGCAAACGAUGCCAAUGAAGAAAUGAGUGACGAUGAGGAGUCUUCUGCAAGGGUAAAUAAGCGACUUAAGUACGUGUCGACAAUAAAGGCUCAUUUGUGGAAGAGAUGGACUCGCGAGUACUUACAGGGACUGAAAGAGUACCAAAGACAAGCUGGUCGAAAAUCGAGAGUGCCGGAAAUCGGAGAAAUCGUGCUUAUCGUUGACAGCACCAUCCAAAGAAGACAUUGGCGAAUGGCGAAGAUAGUCGAUCAUAUAAAGAGCAGAGAUGGAAUGAUAAGAGCUGUUAAACUGCACGUUUUGAGCCAAGGAAAGUUGAUAGAAUUGGAAAGACCAUUGCAAGGUAUUGCGUCGUUAGAAAUAAAAGCACCGGUUGCUGAGAGGAAAUCUACACCAGAUGGGGAAGACGUAGAAGAGAGGACCAAGAAAAGACCAAGAAGACUAGCUACGUUUGCCGGAGAAGAAACGAGAGAACUACAAACUCGGGUUUUGAAUCAAGAAGAUUAACUUCUUGAUUGGGGGGAGUGUUUAAAAUAUUAUAGCCAUUUAACCAUGAGGACUUGGGUCCGCAUUUUAUAUUCACACUGUUUGUAGUUAGAACCGCAGGGUAUCAUGUUUCAAGUUGAGUUGUUAUGUUGAGUUUUGGUGAAUUCGCAAAAAGAGAAUUCAUCGCUAAAGUUUCGCUAUUUUAUACGAGUGAACUCGCAAGGUUGGGGUAUUUCCAACAAAACUACCUUUGUCUUUGUCUUUCCCUGCUCAUAUAAAGGUCGCUAUCUCAAAGAAAAGAAAAUGUUUUGGUAAGCUGAGAUUUCUCUUCAGCUAUCUGCCUAGGCAUACUCUAAAUGAACUAUACAAGCUCUAUGUUCGAUCCCUUUUAGAUUACGGCAAUGUUUCAUACCACAUUCCACCAAAAGUAUGUGACUUUACCACCAAAAGCGGUAACACCUUAUCAAAUUUAAUAGAGAAGCUAGAGUCUGUCCAAUACAACGCUGCCUUAGCUGUAACAGGAGCCUGGAGGGGAACGUCCCGAGAAAAGCUGUACCUUGACCUUGGGUGGGAAUCUCUAAACCUCCGCAGAUUGAGCAGACGCAAAUCAAUCCGAACAAGUUUCAUGCGGAUAAAAUUUAUCCGGCACAGUGUAAACUGGCUCUUAUAAAGUCAUAAACAAUUUAACCCUUGACUACACAAAGGACCCAUUGCCACCACUUCAACAGAUGCAAUAUUCACUUCGCGAACGUGACACAAUCGGGCAAAUACGAGCAAGGUCUGAAAAAUAUAAAUCUAGUUUUUAUCCUCACUACUUGUCCGAGUGGAACAAACUUGAUCCUGAAAUUAGAUUGUGACCUUUUGUUGCUGUUUUCAAGACAAAUAUACUUUAUAAGAUCCGCCCCCCUACAAAAUCAGUAUUUGGGAUUCAUGACCCGAAGGGCCUGUCUCAUCUUACUCAACUCAGGGUUGGCCUCAGCAAGUUAAACUUUCACAAAUUUCAACACAACUUUAGAGAUACAAUAAACCCAAUGUGCCCAGGUAACGAUGGAAUCGAGGAUACGGAGCACUUCUUGUUGCUCUGCCCCUCUUUUGGUGUUCAAAGGACUGAUCUCCUCGCUGGAAUAUGUACUCUUGUACGACCAUAUGGAUAUGCAAAUCUUGCAAAUGAUGUUGUGUUGCAAAUCUUAUUGUGCAGCGAUAAGAAUUUUCCAAACCAUCUCAAUAGAAACAUUCUUGAGUUAACAGUACGUUUUAAACAAGUUAUAUAUGAGGUGUGAUCUGUGAUAUUGCAAAAUUACUUAAACUGCAGCAAACAUCUUGUCUGCUGCU